AUGGAGUCUACUGACAGAAGAAAUAUGAGAACACAAUUCCAAGCAUUGUUUGAUACUCUUAGAGACCCCCAAUCUAACAGUUAUUUAUUGGAGUUGUUUGCAUCCAUGAUUGUGUCGCCAGAGUUGCAAGAAGAAUGGUUAAAUGGUGGAGAUUCCAACAAGGUCAAAGGGUGUUCGCAAGAGUUUAUUGAUUCAUUACCAAGAGUACCUCGAAGCGAAAUCCCAUUGAAGGAGUCGUGUCCUAUAUGCUAUGAGAAAUUUGGUGAUGAUGAAUACCCGUUAGUGGCGGAAUUACCACAUUGCCAUCACUAUUUUGAUGUACAAUGCAUUUCUUUAUGGUUAUCCAAACAUGCUACAUGUCCGUUAUGUCGAGAUGUCGUCAAUCAAAAGACAUUCGACAACAUUGAUUUAUCUAAAGCUGAACUAGAAGAAGAUUGGGGCAUGUAUAGUUGA